CCUGCCCUGUCAGCCAGUGGGAGUUUGGAGCUGCGCCCCAGCCGGAAAGCAUGGAGUGUCACAUCCGACCAGCCACCAGCAGCGACUGUGAACAAAUCAUGAGCUACAUAAAGGAAAUCGCCACAUAUCAUAACCUGUUGCAUGAAGUCAUUAUAAAUGCAGAAGAUCUGAAGGCAGACGGCUUCGGCAAAGAGCCCUUCUUCAAAUGUCUUCUGGCUGAACUGCCCCCAGAAAACACAGGCAAACAAGGGCGCCCGGCUGGCUACGCUUUGUACUUCAUGGGAUACAGCGUCAAUCACGGAAGAAUGAUUUACCUGGAAAACCUAUACGUGGUAUCAGAAUUUAGAGAUAAAGGAGUUGGAAAGCAGUUACUGGCCAAAGUUGCAGAAGAGGCACUCGCUGCCGGCUGCACAGGGAUGAAAUUCACCACGAUGGAGGGGAAUCGGAGGGCAAAGGAGUUCUACCUGCGGCUUGGAGCGCACGACACCACCCUGUCAGAAGACUGGCACUGCAUGGAGUUUGGCAAAGAGGCCUUGCAAGGGCUCGUCCAGGGGCUGUGAGCGCCCCCACCCCAAA